GGCAGCGAAGGCCUUCUGCCUGGGAGAAGGCCUCCGGCGGCGUGGUCCGGGUGUGCAGGUCUCUGACCUCUGCUCUCUCCCUCUUCUGCAGGAUGAAGAUGAGACGUUAUAAGCUCUUCCUCAUGUUCUGUAUGGCCGGCCUGUGCCUCAUCUCCUUCCUGCACUUCUUUAAGACUCUUUCCUAUGUCACCUUCCCUCGUGAACUGGCCUCCCUCAGCCCUAACCUGGUGUCAAGCUUCUUCUGGAACAAUGCCCCCGUCACCCCCCAGUCCAGCCCCGAGCCGGGUGGCCCAGACCUCCUGCGCACACCACUUUACUCCCACUCACCCUUGCUCCAGCCGCUGUCCCCAAGCAAGGCCACCGAGGAGCUCCACCGGGUGAGCUUAGUGCUACCCGAGGACACCACCGAGUAUUUCGUCCGCACCAAAGCCGGGGGUGUCUGCUUCAAGCCAGGUACCAAGAUGUUGGAGAAGCUGCCACCGGGGCGGCCGGAGGAGAAGCCAGAGGGUGGGGAUGGCUCCUCGGCCCGGGGCCCUGCUCGGCACCUGCUGAGCGCCAGAGAGCGGCCGCCCGGGAGCCGGGGCGCACGGCGCAAGUGGGUGGAGUGUGUGUGCCUGCCCGGCUGGCACGGGCCCAGCUGCGGGGUGCCCACCGUGGUGCAGCACUCCAACCUGCCUACCAAGGAGCGGCUGGUGCCCAGGGAGGUUCCACGGCGGGUCAUCAACGCCAUCAACAUCAACCACGAGUUCGACCUGCUGGACGUGCGCUUCCACGAGCUGGGGGACGUGGUGGACGCCUUUGUGGUGUGUGAGUCCAACUUCACCGCCUACGGGGAGCCGCGGCCGCUCAAGUUCCGUGAGAUGCUGACCAACGGCACCUUUGAGUACAUCCGCCAUAAGGUGCUGUACGUCUUCCUGGACCACUUCCCGCUGGGGGGGCGGCAGGACGGCUGGAUCGCCGACGACUACCUGCGCACCUUCCUGACGCAGGAUGGUGUGUCCCGGCUGCGCAACCUGCGGCCGGACGACGUCUUCAUCAUCGACGAUGCCGACGAGAUCCCCGCCCGCGACGGCGUCCUCUUCCUCAAGCUGUACGACGGCUGGACGGAACCUUUUGCCUUCCACAUGCGCAAGUCGCUCUACGGCUUCUUCUGGAAGCAGCCGGGCACCCUGGAGGUCGUGUCGGGCUGCACCGUGGACAUGCUGCAGACGGUCUACGCGCUGGAUGGCAUCCGCCUGCGCCGCCGCCAGUACUACACCAUGCCCAACUUCCGGCAGUACGAGAACCGCACGGGCCACAUCCUGGUGCAGUGGUCACUGGGCAGCCCGCUGCACUUCGCCGGCUGGCACUGUUCCUGGUGCUUCAGCCCAGAGGGCAUCUACUUCAAACUUGUGUCUGCCCAGAAUGGUGACUUCCCCCGCUGGGGGGACUACGAGGACAAACGGGACCUCAACUACAUCCGGAGCCUGAUCCGCACCGGUGGCUGGUUUGAUGGCACGCAGCAGGAGUACCCACCGGCCGACCCCAGUGAACACAUGUACGCCCCUAAGUACUUGCUGAAGAACUACCAUCGGUUCCGUUACCUGCUGGAAAACCCCUACCAGGAGCCCAGGAGUACCGCGGCUGGUGCCCAGCAGAACAAGGAAGCCGAGGGCAGGCCGCUGGCCAGGGGCGAGUUGGACAUGGUUGAAGGCUAAGGCUGCAUGAUCUAAUUGGGCCAGUGGCGGGUGGGGGUCGCGGCUGCCCCGAGCAUUAUCUUCCUGCCUCCUCCUGCCAUCCCUGGGGGUUCUUGAGAGGACCAGGAGGAGUGUGUGGGUGGGUGAGUAAGUGGGGUUCUUCCCUACUCAAGCCCUCCUGAAUCAAGGGCCAGACCUUUGAGCUCAACAAGAUGUUUCCUGGUCAGAAGAGGGGGGCAGGCCCAGAUGUCUGCGUGGCCCUUUUGCGGGUCAACAG